GUACCUCUUACUCGAAAGUGUGACCACAGGUCGAUCGGACUUUUGGUUCAAUUUCUUUGUCGCAUUUCCCGUUCCUGCCCACGUCGUCUUCUGCAAUUUAACGUACCUAUAUAUAUAUUGUGAUAUUUUCCGUCGUCGAGACCUGCUCGAAUGUGCAUCGGAUUGUCGUCCGGUUCAGUGGAAGGGCCUCUCGUCGAAACCGACUGUAGAAGGAUUUCCAGCAGGAUUUCGACCCGUCGGUAGCUGGUUUCACAGAUUGACGCCAAACUGUCGUCUACACCGGCCUUUCGUCGGUCUGUGCUACGUUUUGCUCCAGUCGGCUUGCAGCGGAUAUUUCACUAUAGAAGACGAGAUGCAAAUUAGUCGCAUGCCGAUCCCGGCAGAUGAUUGUGCAAACAGCGAAAUGUCUGUCGACACUAGUCCCUCAAAUACAAAGACCGAUGAUUUGGAAACUACUACAAAAGUAAAUGGCGAUAGUCACAAAAAGUUAAAUGGAACUACUAUAGACAAUACUAUUGAAACUGAUGAAGCCCCUGGAGUUGUAAUUAAAAAAGAAGAAGAAGAAAAUGAUGAAGAGGAUAAUGAAGAUGAAGAUGAUGAUGAUGAAGAAGAAAAAUCAGAAAAAGAAAAGGAUAAAAUUGAAAAAGAGCCAGAAAACAAGACUGAUUCUUUAUCCAAAAGUACUGAUAAAAUUGUGAAAAAUGGGGUGUCUGAGGAACAAAAAUCAGUAGAAACUAUUAAUGAUGAAACUUCUAAAACUAAUGAUGAUGAUCCUAUAGUAAAUGAAGACAAAGAUGAAGAAGUUAAGCCUAUGGAGAUUGAUGAAACUGAAGAUCAAACUAAUGAAGAUGUGGUUAUUAAGAAAGAAACUUUAGAAGUUGACGAACCACCAGAAGUCACAGAAGAUGUAGAAACUCCUGAAAUUGAAAAACUUAUUAACGGUAAUGCAAAUCACAAGGAUGAAGUUAUCACAACUAGUAAUGAAGCAUUAAAGAACAGUGAAGAAGAAACAAAUCCAGUGAAUGGGGAGGUAAAACUUACAGAAGAUGAUAAACACUUCAAAUCUGAAAAAGUCAACCGUAAAGCUAUCGAAGAAGAGGAUAUGUCUAGUGAAAUCAGUACAGAUACACUCUCACCUAAGCAGAUAGAUGAACCAAUUGCACGCAAGAGGUCUGCUGCUAGUCACGAUGAACUUAGUGUUGUAAGUGGAGCUAGCAGUGAUAAUGAUUUACCCAAAACUAAAAAGUUACGAUCUGAUGAAGACCAACCUUUAUUGAAAGACGAUACUCGAGAACGAUUGAUCAAAAAUAUUGUACAGUCUAGUGGUAAAAAUGAAGUCGAAUUAAAUAGAAAUGUAGAGAAAAUACAAAAUGAAAUAAAAGUAAUCACAGAAAUAGCGCAGACAAAACGUGAUGAGUUAGUGACUUUGAUCAGGUUACAAAAACUUAAGGAAGAAAUUAUUGAACGAUUAAUGAUUAAACUGAAAGAACUUGAUGCUAUUAAGACAGACAACAGCAAAGACUGGAAUUUACCAGAAAUGUUUCAAAUUAAUUUAAGUCAGCCCGAACAUAUACUAAGCGAAAAGAAUAUUUUAGAUAUUAUUGAGAACCGUGGUGAUAAUCAACUUGAAAAGUCUGCAAUUAAUAACUUUGAUCAGAAUAUUUAUGCCUCUUCAUCAUCUAACACUAGUAUCACGCCAGUUGCUUCGUCAUCUAAUGCUCAGUCCAAUGAAUGGAUAGUGUCAGAUAGAGUAAACCGCACCAACCGUGUUCAAAGACCAAUACUGCCUAAGCCUUUUGCAACCAACAAUCAUAAAGAAGGCCGUCAAGGUCCUAUAUUAGAUGUCAAACUAAUUAUUGCUGAUCAUCGAUCAAAAAAUCCUGAAACAGCUGUGACUAAAAGAGGCCGUAGGAAGGUGACUGCCAAUGAUUUUUCAGUACCUACAUCUUCAGCUCCAUUACGUUAUCCAAAUCCUAUGGGUUUCGGUAAUCCACUUCAUCAUGCCAGUGAUGGGAAUUUUAAAACUAGUAAGUUUAAUAAAGGGGUAAUUAUGUAUUUAUUAACUAAAUAA